AUGGACUUGUUGGUGCUGAAGCCGACCCACGGCGCCCUCUGCGCUGUCGGAAUCGGCCUGACCCCUCGCUGGAGCCCGCCCCAAAUCGCUCUGGCGCCAGCCCACCACGUCACCCGUCUCCUCGUCGGCAACACCCCUCAGGGGCAGUGGCUCGCGGUGGUGAGGGCCCACGGGUUGAUCCAGCUCUACCAGCGGCAGAUCGACGACUACGUCCUCUAUAAGGAGUGGAAAAACGCCACGGUAAAGCCGUCAGACAAUAUCGUCGCCGUCGGCUUCGUCGCCGCCCGCUUCCUCUACUCUUGCUCCGCCGACGGCAAAUUCGUCGUCCGCGACUUGGUCAACGACGACGCCGACGAAAGCUGUCGUGUCUACCACGUCAGCGGUCCCGUACUGGCGGUGGACGUCGCCUACUCCGAUGCGGGGCGCCUGUUCACCGUGGCCACCGCGGGCAAACACAACGAGCUCAGCGUGUAUACCAUCGAGCUGACGCCGGCGCCAGCCCCCGACACCGCCAAACACAACUUUAACGGAGCUGCCCGCCUCGACUGGGAUAGCUACCACCACAUCAACUUGCUGUCCGUUGAUUUGCCCCGCGGCCGCUGGAGACGGCUGCUGGGCUCGGCCCUAGCCCUGAACUUGCUCAUUGCCCGCUGGCACGCCCUGACCAGCCCCAAAGACUACUUGUACACCUGUCUGCCCCACGACACCCUCAGCUGCUGGAUCUCGCUGGUGGUGAUGGUUGGCGGCGGCACUGUGGCUUGUGGCACGCAAAUGGGCGAGCUUGUGGUGUAUAACCACAGUGGCAGUCUCCGCACUCCCACCCACCGCGUCAAAUUGCUGCUGUUUGGCCUCGAAGUGAAACCAGCAGCCAACCACGCCCCACCCACCGAUUUGGUGUACUUCACUGACGGGAUGGCGUUAGCCGGAGUCAUCGACAUCUCCCGUAUGGAAAUCAUCCAAAAGUUUGACAUUUCCUCGGUAUUUUCCGGCCCCAUCGUCGACUGGCACGUCUACCGUGGCGUCCACCGCAACCAGCCGUGGUUCAUGGUGGCGCUGGCCAUGGACAAUACUGUCGCCGUACUCCUGUUCACCAUCCACCUGAAACUCCCGCAAGUGAAAUGGCAAGUCGGCUGCGACACGACGGUGCCGCUGGUGUGUGUUUCGUGUCCUCCCAACCAGGUGUACAAUAAGCUUAUGGGAGUGUUUGAACUGGCCACCCCCGCCAUCGAGCCUCACCUCCCUCGCCGCCGCCAACUGGCCCCCGCCCUGGCGCUUCUGGAGACCCACGUGGCUGCGUCGGCUUCGGCUACCACUACGUCGCCGUUCGUCACCUCCUCCACUUUAGUCGGCGGUGGUGCCCACGACCUGCCCAAGCGCAAGUUGGCGGAUAAGGUGCGCCCGUUGAAGAAGAAAAAGCUCCAUGAGUUGCCCGUCACCAUAGAUAGCCCCCGGGAGACGAAGGUCGCCGCGUGUGACGCGUCCAAGUUGGUAACGUAG